UUUUUCUCUGUGACUUUUUUUUCUGUUUCGUUGUUAUUAAUAAUUUAUUCUUUUCUUUUCUUUUGUUUACUCCUGAUAUGUGAAUAGAUCACCGAUAAGAAUCAUUGAUAAUUGGCCACCAACCAAAACAACAACGAGCAAUAAAAAUUUUUCCCGCUUUUUCAUAAUCAAUCAAUUUUUAUCGAAUAUUGGCAAUUCAAGAAUCCAUUCCAUACACACAAACACAUGCACAGAAUUUAAUUCGUGUAUUUAUUUAUGUUGUGAUUUUUUUUUCGUUUUGUUUGUUUAUUUAUUUGUUUACGUCGAAAAAAUUUAAUUUAAUUUUUUUUCAUCAGUGUUUGUGUGUGUGUGUGUGUUGAUUUUGUGGAUGUGUACCAGUGUACCAGUGUAUGGGUUUUGUUUUUUGUUUUAUUUUUGAUUCGUUUUCGUCAUCAUUUUUUUUGUAACGACAACACAUCAGAUGAUUUUGUUUACUUCAAUUCUAUGAACGUUUUGAACGUCAAAAUUUAAUUCAUUGAAUGUUGUUGCCUGGCCAAUAAUAAUUAUAAAUCAUCAUUCUUCAUUCAAUUCUCAAUCGUUUCUCAUCUCUUUGUCAUUUACACGUUUUUUUUCCUGUGAACGUGUAUAUUUCGCUACACCAGCUAUUCUUCUGAUUGUUUUUUUCAUUUUACGUUACAAAAAUUUCAUUCAUCACGAAAUCGACAAUCAUGACAAGUGGAGCGCCAGCUUGGUCUGGAAGUUCCUUAAAGUCAUAUGCUGAAUCUGAAGGCGGUGAUUCACAUGAUGAUGAUUCCAGUAAAGAUGGUUCACUAAAAGGUAGCGGUUCCAUUGAUGGCCUAAAUGGUGCCAAUAAUGGUGGCAAUUCAGAUGCCGAAGGUGUUUGGUCACCGGAUAUUGAACAAAGUUUUCAAGAAGCAUUAGCAAUCUAUCCACCAUGUGGCCGACGUAAAAUUAUACUUUCCGAUGAAGGAAAGAUGUAUGGUCGAAAUGAAUUGAUUGCCCGUUAUAUAAAAUUACGUACCGGAAAAACGAGAACUCGUAAGCAGGUCUCUAGUCAUAUACAAGUAUUAGCGAGAAGAAAACAACGUGAAAUACAGUCAAAAAGCAAAGAUCUUAAAGAUAAAUCCGGCAUACAAUCACCAUUAACAAUUGCAACGCCAAAACCAACAGCUAUAAAUAGGAUUCAUCCAACAAUAGCUGAUCUAGCACCACAGGUGACUGCUCCCUAUCCAUCGUUUUGGCCACCAGGAAUGCAUCAUAAUGAUUUAAAAAAUUUAUGUAUGCCAUCAUCCGGUGCUCAUUAUUUUCCAGGUGCCAAUGGUACAAGUCCAAGUUUAACCAAUGGUUUUGGACCAUUUUUUGAAGGAAGAUCAAUAGCAACGCAAAAAUUUCGUUUAGUAGAAUUUUCUGCUUUUAUGGAAUAUCAAGAACACGAUACAGAUAAACAUUUGUUUGUACAUAUUGGACAAACACCAACAUCAUUCAGUGAUCCGAUGCUUGAAUCGGUCGAUAUACGGCAAAUAUAUGAUAAAUUUCCCGAAAAGAAAGGCCUAAAAGAAUUGUUCGAUAAAGGACCACAGAGUGCUUUCUUUUUGGUCAAAUUCUGGGCUGAUCUAAGUACAUCAUUACCGGAUGAUUCAGGAGCUUUCUAUGGUGUAACCAGUCAAUAUGAAAGUAAUGACAAUAUGACUAUAGCAUGUUCAACCAAAGUUUGUUCAUUUGGCAAACAAGUUGUUGAAAAAGUUGAGAAAGAAUAUGCUAGAUAUGAAAAUGGUCGUUAUGUUUAUCGUAUCAAUCGAUCUCAAAUGUGUGAAUAUAUGAUAAAUUUCAUUCAUAAACUUAAACAUUUACCAGAAAAAUAUAUGAUGAAUUCAGUGUUGGAAAAUUUCACAAUUCUACAGGUCAUUACUAAUGCCGAUACACAAGAAACAUUACUUUGUAUCGCAUACGUAUUUGAAGUAUCAGAAACGGCUGGAACUCAACAUCAUAUAUAUCGUUUGACAAAAGAAUAAAGCUAAAUAAAAUACCUGGUUGAUAAUCUCUAACAAACAAAGAAAAAACCGAAACACACAGACAUUUCAAUCUACCUACACACGCCAACAGGCUUUGAAUAUACGAAUUUUUUUCUGUUAUAUUUUGUUAAAUACCAACAAAUUUUUUUUUCUUUGUUCUAUUUAUAUCAUCAUCAUAUAAACUACUCUACUCUUGUAUCCGUAAAAGCUCAAUUCUUAAUAUCUCAUUUCUUUAAUUUCUUGCAUACACACACACACACACACAAAAAAAUUAUAUAAAGUCCUUUCGGUCAUUAUGAUGGUGAUCAAGUGCCUCAAUUCAUUCAUCAAUUAGAUAUACAUCCACAUCCACAAUCUGAUUUAGAGAUCAGUCAGAUUUACCCAGGCAUUUCCGUUUUUUUUCUCUCUUCCAGAGAAAAAAAUUCAUAUAAUUC